UACAACAAUGGCGUCCAACGCCUUUAGCGAAAUAACCGAGGAAUUUCUCGUCUGCCAGAUCUGUUUGGAGGACUUCAGGCAGCCUAAGGUGCUGCCGUGUCUUCACACCUUCUGCCAGUCGUGUUUGGAGAGGCUUCUUGCGUCACAGCGGGUAGUACAACUCUCCUGUCCGACGUGCCGACAGGACGUGCCCCUCCCAGAAAAUGGCGUCCAGGGGCUAAAGUCCAACUUCCUCGUUGGUAAAUUGCACGACAUUCUGCGACAGCAACCACAAGGGAACGGACAAACAUCGGAUCCGGGGACAGUUGUAGUCCCCUGUAUGACCUGUGAGAGAGACAACCCUGCCGAGUUCUAUUGUGUCGAGUGUACCGACUAUCUGUGUCAGAUGUGUAACGAAACGCACCGUAGGCUCAAAGUGAGUAAGUCCCACAAAGUUCUAACAAUACAAGACAUACAGUCAGGCAAAUUUGUUGCGGAGCUUCGCUCAAGGGAAACUUCCAAGUGUGAGGAUCACAAUGAACUGCACAAGUUCUACUGUGACACCUGUCACCGGGCCAUCUGUCUGCACUGUGUGGUAACGGCGCACAAAGAUCACCAGUAUGUGGAGAUAGAGAAGGCGGCAGAGAGGGAGAGGGCAGAGAUCAAGGCAAAACUGUCGUCAGUCAAGAACACAGCGGACCUGCAUGAGAAGUGGAUAGAAGAGUUGCAGUCAGUCAAGAACGAUUGGCCUUUACAGGUACAGCGUACAGAAGAACAGAUAGAAAAACAGGCAGAGGCUAUCAUAGAGGCCGUUCAGAAGGUGAAAAGUGAAAAAAUCAGUCAGCUUCGCGCCAUGAAUGCUGCUCGGGAGAAACAGAUGGAAGCCGCCAUGGAGGCAGCUGAGAUGGACCUGGCCUCAGCAAAGAGCUGUGUCCAGUUCACGGACAAUGUGUUGGAGUACGGUAGUCCAGCGGAGGUCAUGUCUGUGGCCGGAGAACUGACCGCACGGAUGGAGCAAACCGCUGACGAGAAAAUCGCAAAAAGGGCUGAUCUGACCAAGGGUUUAACCAACCUGAUCUUUGACCUACCGUAUUGUAACCUGGAACGGGACGUGUCAAAAUUGAUAGGUGGGAUAAAAGAAACAAGAGUGCCAUUGACAAGCACACUGUCACCAGUUCAGAUAAACAUUAAAAUAUGUACCCGACGCGGAAGUCCUACACUGCUAAAAACCGUUGGUCAGAAAGGCAGUGGGGAUGGACAGUUUAACUGUCCUACAUCAGUCGCUGUCACCACAGAUGGAGACAUUGUAGCGUCUGAUUUUAACAACAGUCGUCUGCAGUUUUUCGACAAUGAUGGCUCCUUCAAGAGAAAAGUUGAAUUGGACUUUAAGUCUGAGUGUGUGACGGCACUGACAAACGGUGAUCUGUUGGUGACAGGAGACGGACACAAUAUCCACGUACUGGACAAACAGGAGAGGGAGUCACGUGUCAUCCAGGUGACAGGGGCUGCAGAGAAAGAUAAAAAUACGGAAGGUAUCGCUUUUGACAGUUUAGGACGUAUCGUAGUCACUAUCGGGUACCAAGUGCUUGUACUCAGUUUCAGUGGGGACAACAUUCUGAAGUUCGGGGACAAAGGUCAAGGUCAGCAGAAGCUGAGUUCCUGCCUCCGUGUGACCGUCAACAGCAGCAACCAAAUCAUCAUCAGUGACUGUGGCAACCACAACCUGAAGAUAUUUGACCCCACCGGUCGUCAUCUCUUCACGUGCGGGUCAUAUGGCACGGGACCUGGACAGCUGAGCGGACCCUACUGUAUCAUCACGGACAGCGAGGACAACAUUGUCGUGGCUGAAUAUUGGAACCAUCGUGUUUCCAUGUUCAGUGAGGACGGCACGUUUAUCAGGCACGUGCUGACACGGGAGGAACACGGAUUGUACUAUCCAUUGGGGCUAACGCUGACUCCCGACGGACAUUUGGUUGUUUCUGACAAUCAUUCUAUGAAGAUAUUCAAGGUGUAAGGAAAAAGGCUAGUCAAAUCUUCUAAAUUUCUUACACUGUACCAUCUGUAUAUUAUAGGAGGAAUAAGUACAAAAUAAGUCUCUCAGAAGCCCCGCUUCAGGGCCUACAGGACAUUUAGCGUUCAAAUAAGCCAUAUUACCCAGAUCUUUUGAUAUAUCAGCCAAUUCUAUUUAUUCAGCUGACAUCAUACACAGUGCAUUCUUAAUCUCAAGGCAUAAUGUGUGAUGAAAUGUGAAAAUAAUAUUUCUAAUGUAUUGAUUAAAUGAA